CACAAAUCAACAAAGUGGUUCAAAUGCAAGCAAACUGCAGGAUUAAGUGCAAAUAUUUCGAGGUUAAGCUUUUCAAAGUUUCCUUUGAAAGUCAUGUUCUUACUUUCAUGUAAGUUCUAGGGUAUUUAUAAAAAAGAUAAAAAAGUAAACAAUAAAAGUCUCACAAUAUGCGCUCUCAAAUGAGCAAUUUCUUAGAUUUAACUACUCGCACUGUUUGGUACAACUUGAAGUAGUACUUGCAGUUUGUGACAUGUGAUACAUUAUAACAAAAACAAUACUUAUAACCAUGACAGCCUUAGCUCAUCUUCGAAGAGGAUCUUCUGGAACUCAGCAGUUAUUCAAGUUACAGUCUGCAUGUGCAUUUUUUCAAUGCCAUGAGUCAAGUUUUGUACCAAAACGCGUUCUCAUUUUUAAAAAAAUUUCAAGAUAUCAGAUUGAAAAAAAUUCCAAUCCUCAAUUAAAUGAAAGUGAAUUGAAACACAAACUUGUUUCUGGAGGUGCUAAUUAUGAUGCUAUUAAAGCUGUUCACUAUCGAACCAAAGAAACUGAGCUGAGAGUUGUCAAAGCAUUAGCUGACCUCGACAUUAGCUUUAAAAUAAGAAACAGGUAUAAUGUAGAUGUCGACAUUAUUGCAUGGGCAGACUUAAUUUUACCUAUUGGAGGUGAUGGCACAUUUCUUAUGGCUUCUAAUUUGAUUAGGAACAAUACCAAGCCAAUAAUAGGUAUUAACUCUGAUCCCGAAUUCUCAGAAGGAUUUUUAAUGUUGCCAUCAAAGUACACAAAUUUAAUUGAUGAAAUAUUUGAAAAACUCAAAUCUGGACACUUUAAACAUCUUAUGAGAAGCAGAAUCAGAACAACUCUACACGGAGAGGACAUAUGGCAGGUGCCUUUUCACUUACAUGACAAAAAUUCAUCUAGCCCUCAAGAAAAAUUUUAUGAAUCUCAUCACAACUUAAUAAAACCAAAGGGAGAUCUACCCAAAAGUAGGCAUUUACCUUGGCUGGCGUUAAAUGAAGUUUUCAUUGGAGAGUCCUUGUCAGCGAAGAUAAGUAUUUUACACAUACAUCUUGGCAAUGAAAAUAUUCAGAAAGUCAAAUGUUCUGGAAUGUGCAUAACCACCGGUACAGGCUCUAGCUCAUGGUACAGAGCAAUCAACUAUUUAAAUCCCCAAACAGUUGAAGAUGUAUUGCGAAUGGCUGGCUGCAAAGAUAAUUACAGCAGUGAAGACGUGAAAAAAAUUUGCUCCGAUUUCAAUGCUCAACUUCAAUAUCCUGCAGAACAGCCAAUACUUAGCUACGUCAUUCGCGAUAUGAUAAUUAAUCAAGUUUGGCCAUCAUCAGACUGUUUACUUCCUCGUGGUUUUUGCAAUACGAUAUCUGUGCGCUCUCAAUGCUCUGACGGUGAACUCGUCAUUGAUGGUGGUAUCGCUGUACAUUGGAAUAUUGGCACAAUGGCUGUAUUCGAGAUCCUGGAGCAAGAUGCUCUUAAAAAUAUCACUCUCUUAGACUAAGUCAUAAAAAAUUUAUUUAUAUUGGAAUGUAAUUAAAUUUGAUGCUGUAAACAUUCCAUAACAGUUAAUUGAAUAUACAUAAUUCAAGUUCUACCCUUAAA